AAAGCCUUUAUGAAGGCAAGACCGCAAAUUCAAAAUACGGAAUUCACAAAACGUUUUGAAAAGUAAUUUCACAAAAAAAAAAAAAACAACAACAAAAACAACAAAUAUUACAUUGUAAAUACAUUGCAUACAAAAUUCAAAGAGAAAAUCAUGAGUGGUGUUCUAAGAAGGGGAUCAUUAAAUUUCGAUCUUGACAAUCGCUCGAAACGUGGUAGCAUUGAAUCGAAUUUAUAUGGAGGUUAUCGCGACGGCAAAUCUCCAAGCACACCCGAGAUAAGUGUGAUAUCUUUAGAUUUUCAUAGACAUUCGGUUGACUUGAAAAAAGAUGGUCCCAAAACCGAGCAAGUACUACCUAUCAGCCCCAGCCCCAAACAACCCAGCGACGAUGAUGACAGCGAUAUCCUCUCCAACUACAUUGGUCACUAUGGCAAAUGGAAUUUUGUGUGGACUCUUAUCUUGAGUUUAUUUCAAGUAACUUCCACUUUUCAAAUGUUUGCCUUUGUAUUUCAGACCGCCGAUAAGGAUUUCUGGUGUGCUCGCCCCGAACAUAUGCAGGAUAUAAAUGUAAGCGUUUGGAAGAAUUUAACUCAGACCUCGGAUUCUUGCUCCAUAAGGGACAUCGAUUACAGCUCAUUGAAUUCCACAAAAUCAUUGCUCCAGUACUUUAGUACCCCACAAUCCACUUGGAAUUUUACCCAAUGCAAUCAAUUUGAGUUUGGAGAUGAGGAUGACAAAUCGAUGACUUUGGUGCAAGAGUUUGGCUUAGUUUGCUCUAAUCGUCAAUUGUUAAGUGUGGUGGAAAUGUGUUUCUUAGCCGGAGCGGCACUGGGUAGUGUCUCGAGUGGAUGGAUUUCGGAUAAAUUUGGUCGCAAACACACACUCAUGGCAUUUGCUUUAGUUCAAAUGACUUUUGGCACUAUAUUGGCCUUCUCAACAUCCUUGGCCAUGUAUAUGGCCUUACGUGCGAUAAUUGGUUUCGCCUCGAUGACCGUGGUAGUUGUUUCAUUUGUGCUCGUGGUCGAAUUGGUCUCCGGCAAAUGGCGUACCAUCGUUGGCAUUCUCAACAUUGUGCCGGUUGCGGUGACCUACGUUCUGAUGGCAGCAAUUGCGUACUUCAUACGAGAUUGGCGCUCUAUACAGCUGACCGUCACGUUGCCAUGGUUUGCCAUUUUAUGCAUUUGGUAUUGUGUACCCGAAUCACCCAGAUGGCUUUUGGCAAAAGGUCGACUUGAUGAAUUGUUUCCCAUUGUAGAAAGAGCUGCUCGUUUUAAUGGCAUCACCUUACCGGCCAACUAUAGAAAGUCCUUGGAGGCUGUGGUUCCCCCCUCAAUAAAAGCCAGCCAAACCUCAGCGACUCUUGAAGCAGAUGUGUGCUCCUCAAUUGAAAAUUCAAAUUUGAAAAGGGACGAAUUGGACGCAAAUGCCAGUCCUUUGGUGGUGGUCUUUAGCCGAACCUAUGUGCGCACCACCUGUUUGACUCUCGUUAUCUGGCUGUGUUUGAUAAUCAUUUACUUUGGCCUGACAUUGCAUCUCAGCAACCUUGGAGGCAACAUCUAUUUGAAUACGGCCAUUGCGGGUAUUGUUGAAGCAAUUUCCGUGAGUUUCAGUGUGUUUGUGGUAUUGAAAUUGGGAAUACGCCUCAAUUUAAUAGCCUGCAUGCUAUUACCAGGCAUUUGCUGUUUGGCCGUCAACGUCGUACCCAAAGGAGAUGAGAAUACGGUUUAUGUGAUAGCAUUGGCAAUGAUUGCAAAAUGUAUUAUUGGAGUCAACAAUGCCAUUAUACCGAUCUACACUGCCAUGCAGUAUCCCACGGUGGUGAGAAAUUUCGGCGUUGGCUUGGGCAAUCUGGCAGCUGGUGUGGCCUUGAUAUUGGUACCUUACAUAUGGCUUUUGGAACACAUAGAUCCCUUGCUACCCAUGAGUGUUAUGGGCGUUUGUGGGGUUAUCGGUUCCAUUGCUUUGGCACUGAUGAAAGAUAUUCGUUCGUGAUUUCCUUCAACAAUUGGCAUGCUGCUGCGAGCAUAUGUGGCACAAAAGCUAUCUGUGAUAUUCGUUCAACGGCGCUGAAGAAGCAACACCAACGGAAAGUGUCGUCUCUUUUGAGAGGGAACAGGACAUUAGAAUUAGAAUGAGAGGAAUCAUUAAAAAACACACACCAUUUAUUAUGUUAGAACUAAGGUUAGAAUAAAUUUCUUCUUCAACUCAACUCAAAUAAAAUUUAAAUACCAUCUGA